GGACCACCCGGAAGACAAGGCCCAAUGGGACCACGAGGACCACCUGGAGAGAUGGGCGCCGAAGGAGAGCCAGGCAAGCCAGGUGUACAACACGAAAUAAUCAAACAGCAUCAGCACUUGAUCAAAGCAGCAUCUGAACGAUCAACUACAUCCAAAGAUCUAAAACCCUAA